UGUUGUACACAAUCCGGAACRAAGUUCCGCCCUGUCCUAGCUAAGCGCCCGCUACAUCUUGUGUGCUUUCUGACAUGGAUUCAAACUUUAGCAACCACAAAAUCUGUUUGACACCAAGCAAAUAAACGAUAUUAAUCUUCAAAAGAGAGAAGCCGAACUGGUCACACAGAACUGGAGCCAGGUGUGGUGGCCAAUGAAUGCAAAGUGUCAAGAAGGUCRAACUUUACAACAAAAACGAGGGCAUCAGGAAAAGUUGUGUGAGUGUGAGCACCAUGGCUGUGGAUGGCCUGUCGGACAGCACAGAGCUGGUGGACAUGGAGGAUGUGCCGUCUCAGUUUUUUGUGGAGAAACACUCGUGGGAGGGCCUCCGAGACAUCAUCCACUGCAGCAGGAAGUACUCUGGUGUGAUUGCCAACAAGGCCCCCCACGACUUCCAGUUUGUGCAAAAAGCCGAUGAGAACGGACCCCACUCCCACCGCUUGUACUACCUCGGAAUGCCCUAUGGAAGCAGAGAGAACUCCAUACUCUACUCAGAAAUUCCCAAAAAGAAUCGUAAAGAGGCUCUUUUAGUGUUGUCAUGGAAGCAGAUGCUGGAUCACUUCCAGGCCACCCCACACCAAGGAGCCUACUCUCGAGAGGAGGAGCUGCUGAGAGAGCGGAAACGUUUGGGUGCGUUUGGCAUUACAUCAUAUGAUUACCAUGCAAAGACGGGCCUCUUCCUCUUCCAGGCCAGCAACAGUCUCUUCUAUUGCCAAGAUGGAGGCAACAAUGGCUUCAUACAGUCAGCUCCUGUAAAGCCUGUGGAGAUCAAGAGCCAGUGCUCAGGCACCCGCAUGGACCCGAAGAUCUGCCCCGGACAUCCUGACUUCAUAGCCUUCAUCAACAACAAUGACCUGUGGAUUGCCAACAUUAAAACGGGUGAAGAAAGGAGACUCACAUACUGUCACAAAGGUUUAGACAAUGUUAAAGAUGAUCCAAAAUCUGCAGGCGUAGCAACUUUUGUCAUCCAAGAGGAGUUUGAUCGUUUUACUGGUUACUGGUGGAAUCCCUCAGCAGUAGAAGGCCCUGAUGAACAUAAAACAAUGUACCUUCUGUAUGAAGAGGUGGAUGAGACAGAAGUGGAAAUUAUUCAUGUCCCAGCUCCUGCACUGGAAGAGAGGAAGGCAGAUGCUUACAGAUAUCCUCGUACAGAUUGUAAGCACACAAGAUAAAGAAUUGGUCGUCCCCUUCAGCUCAUUGUUUCCUGGAAAUGAGUACAUUGCCAGAGCAGGAUGGACCCGUGAUGGAAAAUAUGGUUGGGCAGUGCUGUUAGAUCGCAGUCAGAGGAAACUGCAGCUGGUUCUGCUGCCUCUAGCCCUCUUCAUUCCCGUCACAGAAGACCCAGCUGUGAAGCAGAAGUAUCUGGAGGCCGUGUCCAGCAGCACACAACCAUAUAUUAUCUAUGAGGAGACCACUGACAUCUGGAUCAAUGUUCAUGAUAUAUUCUAUCCCUUUAUUCAAACAACAGAAGAGGAGUUUACUUUCCUUUGGGUAAAUGAAUCUAAAACGGGUUUCAGCCACUUGUAUAAAAUAACAACACUGUUACAAGCAGGCUGCCACUGUUGGACAGAGAGCUACAGUCACCUCCAGGGUAACUUUAAAGGUGCAAUCAAGGAGGAAGUUACGCUGACCAGUGGAGAGUGGGAGGUGCUGGCAAGACACGGUUCCAAGAUCUGGGUGAAUGAAGAAACAAAGUUGGUGUACUUUCAAGGCACCAGAGACACACCGUUGGAGCACCACCUGUACGUGGUCAGCUAYGAGUCAGCCGGAGAUGUCAUCAGAUUGACCAAGCCUGGUUUCUCACACAGCUGCUUUGUUAGUCAGAACUUUGACUUUUUUGUGAGCCACUACAGCAAUGUGAGCACUCCUCCCUGUGUUCACUUAUACAAACUGAUGUGCUCAGUAGAUGACCCACUGCACAUGGUUCCUGAGUUCUGGGCUAGCUUGAUGGAGUCACCAGGUUGCCCUGGAGAUUACAAUCCACCAGAGAUUUUUGACUUUCCUGGGAAGUCUGGCUUCCAGCUGUAUGGGAUGGUGUACAAGCCUCACAACCUGCAGCCUGGCUGGAAACACCCCACUGUUCUCUUUGUUUACGGAGGUCCACAGGURCAGCUGGUAAACAACUCCUUUAAGGGAAUGAAGUACCUACGACUCAACACUCUGGCCUCUCUUGGAUACGCUGUGGUCAUCAUUGAUGGGAGGGGCUCCUGUCAGAGGGGACUUGAAUUCGAGGGAGCACUAAAAAACAAAAUG